UUCUCCAACUUAGCUCAUCAACUUUAUGUCAUUAUUUGCCGGGCUCUAUCUAGGCAUAAUAACCAAAGCAGCCCUGAGGAAAACAACAAAGCAGUCCAGCCUUUGUCUCAACGCACAACUUUUCAAUCAGGAUGACUAUAACUGCUAUUGCAGCUUCUGCUUCCGCAGCGAAAAGUUCAGUCCUCGUCGCCGGAGCAACUGGCUUAAUAGGUCAUUUUAUAGCUGAUGCUUGCUUAGCCUCCGGUCGACCAACUUAUGCUCUCAUCCGUUCAAUUCCUACUUGUCCAGUUAGGGCUAAAGUUCUCAGAUCUCUCGAGGAGAAAGGAGCUAAAGUCUUGCACGGAUUGAUUAAUAAAAAGGAAAUGAUGGAGGAGAUACUUAAAGAGUGUAAGAUUGAUAUAGUAAUAUCAGCUGUCGGUGGCGAAAGCAUAUUAGAUCAGCUUCCUCUCGUCGAAGCUAUUAAAGCUGUGGGCACAGUUAAGAGGUUUUUGCCUUCAGAAUUUGGUCAUGACGUGAACAGAGCUGAUCCCGUGGAGCCAGGUCUACGAAUGUACAUCGAGAAGCGCAAGGUUAGACGGUUGAUUCAGGAGUAUGGUAUACCUUAUACGUACAUUUGUUGCAAUUCUAUUGCUUCGUGGCCUUACUUUAACAAUAAUCACCCUUCGGAAAUUCUUCCACCUUUGGAUGAGUUCCAAAUCUAUGGUGAUGGCAACAUGAAAGCAUAUUUCGUUGCCGGGACAGAUAUUGGGAAGUUUACGAUGAAAACUGUGGAUGAUGUUCGAACUCUGAACAAAUCAGUUCAUUUCCGACCAUCCUGCAAUUUUUACAACAUGAACGAGCUUGCAGCUUUAUGGGAAAACAAAAUUGGAAGAACCCUUCCUCGAGCUACUGUCACUGAAGAUGAUCUUCUUGCCGCAGCUGCUGAGAAUCGAAUACCAGAAAGUGUUGUUGCAUCAUUCACCCAUGAUAUAUUCAUCAAGGGUUGCCAAAUAAAUUUUUCAGUUGAUGGUCCUAAUGAUGUUGAAGUGAGCUGUCUGUAUCCUGACGAAGCUUUUCGUAGCUUGGAUGAAUGUUUUGGAGAGUUUGCUCUUAGACUAAAAGAGAAGCAUGUGAGUAGCAGGGAUGAAAAUGCUCCUUCAACUCCCAUGGUUGAAUCAUUGAUAGUAACCGCAACCUGUGCCUAGCCUAUCUACGCGUAUUACAGUAAAUUGCUGAGUCUAGUUCCUGGAAAUUUUCUGGGAAGUUUGAUAUGUUUGCUAUUAUCGAUCAUUUAUCAUGAAAAUAAAAAUAUUUUAUGUAAUUAUUAUUUGGUAUGGGCCAAGAAGUUAUCAUCAAACGAUCUUAUGUUAAAUUUGGUAGGGCAUAACAAUAAUAAUUAUUUUUUAAUUUUUUAAAAAUAUAUCUUAUCAUUUCAUUUUCUUUA